UCCCUUUCCACGAGCGGACGCGUUGGAACGUCGCGACCGAUUUUCGGCGUGCGCCCCAAGUGUGCCAGUGGAUCGUAGGUGGUACGUCGACACCGUUAUCGCGCGAUCGUCGAGUGCAUGAUAAUGAGUCGACGCCUUUCUUUCGAUACGAUUGGAUCCGAUCGGAUUCGGCUCGUUGGAGAGCUCGCGAAUCCACGAAGGACAAGAAGGUCCGUUAGUCGCUUAAUAUGCCGUGGCUGCGUUCCCUCAGAGGGGCGGGAAGAAGCUUCGUGUCGUUUGUCCGUCGAGCCUCACUCGAAAACGAGGCUCGAAGAUCGUUCGAUCGAUUGGUGACGGUUCGAAACAGAAGUUCGAGAUGAUCGGGAUGAAAGUGCGAGUGAUUUUCGCGCUCGGAAUAUUGUGCAUCGUCUGCGUGAACGGCGAUGAACCAUCGACCACCGCGAGCGUUCCAGAAGAAAAACCGGAAGCCAGAUCGGAAGAGGUAGUGACGUCCAAGCCGGGAAGGAGCGUCGUAUGGAGAGACUCGAAGGACAGCUAUCUGGAGGCGUUGAGGCACUCCCGCACCAGCACAGACCCUCGCGAGGGAAUCGUGGCGGUGGACGGGAAGGGAUCCUUCCAGCGGCGGAAAGAGUACGUGCAGGGGCCGGUGUACGCGCCGAAACGCACGGAAAUCGACUCUAGGAUCACGCAUCAAGGUUCGUCCGGCAACUCGUUCUCCAUGGUCCCCAGCGACUCGUACACCCUGCCGAGUCGAACAGCCGCGGACUUUGCCGGGGUACGAAACACUUACGGACCCCCGCAGACUCCUCGACCCGUCUACGGUCCAGCCUUCAACGACUACUACUCCGGGCAGGAUCACGCCGGGAACGCUUACUUGCCGCCACAGCAAGCUUAUGGUCCGCCGAGCACCAGCUACGGCCUCCCUUACGGACAUGGAACUUCGCACGACAUGCCCGAAACGACGCACAUCGGUCUGCCCACGAUCGACUUCUCCUGGCCGUUCGCGCUCAAGCUCAACGCCUUCACGCUGGCCAAGAUUCUGCUUAAGCUAGUCAUCUUUAAGCUGAUCGUCAAGUUCAUAGCCAUCAUCUGCCUGCUGCUGUUCAUCCCGAAGCUCGAGAUCAAAAAGGGCAACAAGGUGAACUCGAGCGACGACGAGGACGACGAGGGACGAGGGUUCGUCGACGCAAACUCGAGCGUUUGGGAUCGACUGAACAGAUUGACGGUGGUCGUCAACGACGCGCUGGACAAGUACGGGCGAGCCACGAACGAAUGCUCCGGUUUUGGGUGUCGAACCGGACGAGACGAGACGAGCGACGACCGGAUCUGGCCGGAUUACGAGCAGCUAUUGACCAGUUACAUCCUCGAGGAAACGCGUUACCGAUAUAACGUUUGACUAUCGAUUCUCGCAUGUUUCUAUGCGAUUUUUGUAUUUAUUUAUUUAUUUAUUUAUUUAUUCAUCGCGAUGUACGAGCGCUUCGAACGCAAAUAAAUGCAAGUUACGCCCGUGUCGCGAACUCUCUCGUUUCUCCGUCCAUUCGUCCCACAUCC